AUGUCAGGUGGAGGUAAGGGAAUAGUGCAGAAAUCCUCUGCUUGUCUUACCAUGGGCUUUGCCACAACAAUCUGCACUGACCUGGCUAGGAAGACGGUAUCACAAGAUGAUCCUUUUGGUCUUCAUAUUGCAGAACUUGAAGAGACAAUAAGGGCAAUAGAAGAUUGCAAGACUGCUGGAGUAACUGUGAAACUCAUAUCAGAAGAUGAUGUGCCAGUGGUGAGAGCUGCAGCGAUUGAAUUUGGAAUGCUCACAGAAAAUUCUGAGGCAUCGGUGCUUAAAGGCAAAGACUUUCAAAAUUGCACCGAAGAAGAGAGGAUAGGAAUGGUGGAUCAGAUCACUGCAAUAGGCAACUGUCUCCAAUCUGAUAAGCUUCUUCUUGUGCAGUGCUUGAGGAAGAAAGGAAAUAUGGUUGCACUGAUUGGAGCUAAUAAUCUUCAUGACAAUCCAGCAUUGAUACAAGCAGAGAUUGGCUUUGUAAAGGCAGAAUGGGGCACAAAAAUGGCAAGAGACUACUUAGACCUCAUGUUAUGGGAUGGAAGAGAAGCUCUUAUGACACCAAUUCAGUUAUCCUGGACUAAAUUGAUUGUGCCGAUCCUCGGCAGCGUGGCGGUGAUCACUGAACCAUCUGGAGAAAAAACUAAUGAACAAGCCUCCAGUUCAGAAAACAGAACCACUUAUGACCAAGGCCAAGUUGAGAAACAUCACAGCUCAAGUUAUCUAUCAGGUUGUGAUUUUAGUGAUCUUCCAAUUCAAAGGACAGGUGAUUUACGGCACGAAUCGGAAACUCGGGAAAGCCAUGAUGUUCAAUAG